AUGUUCUCCAACCUCAUCAACAGCCGCAAAGGCUCAGGAGACCGAACCACCAACCGCCUUUCCAAUUCGAGCCAGCACGUCACAGCAGACCGCAUCCGCCAUCCACAGCACGUCUAUGCACAAGAGGGAUCCGGCUCGCCUUCCUACGAGUCGAGCUCACACGGCUCCAUCUACAUGUCAAGACAAGAUAGCGCAGGAUCGACUUCAGCUCUCGCAUCCGGAGCAGGAUGGAAUAGUCCAGGUGGCAGCCAGUACGCACGCUCGCCAGCUCAGCUACCGGAAGAGAUGCGUGCCCGUGAGAAGCAGAGGCAGGUAGAGCGAGAACGGGAACGCCGAGAGCGACAGACGAGCCAGUCGUCGGUGAAUGCACCUAGCCCAGUGCCCGUUAUCGGAUCCAGCAUCGCUCAGGACUCGCUUGCCAAGUACUCGUCAAGCCAUAUGGAGUCAUCUGUGACUCGUCUGCUGGUCGCGACAAAGAUGCUGCUCGAAUCGCUCACCAAAUGGUCCAUCGGGCAGCGCAGCGAGGAGGAUGUAUCCGACAUCUAUGUUCGACUCGGUAACGACUUCAACUCUGCUAAGCUCGCUUUUGGCUCCUACGGUAUCGACAUGAACGAUCUCAACUCGGUCCCUGAUGACCUGCGAGACUGUUUGGAGCGCUGUCUGUCGGAAGAAGCCUCACCGUCGGUGCUCGAGAUUCACCUUCCACGCAUUCGCGAGAUCAUCAUCAACCUUCUGCAAGGUCUCAAGAUGAAGCAAGCCGAGUACAAACAGUUGUUGGUACAGCAGCGUGCAGCGAAGGAAGCGAAUAGGUCAAGUAAUUUGCCCAAUGCUGCUGUCCCGUCUACACCACCGUCAUCGCAGCAACCUCAGCCCACAUCUAACCGCGUGCUGGGACCGCGAGCCUCUCGACAAGGUUUCAGUGAAAGUGCUGCAGCCGCAACGACACUAGAACAGCAAGGCACCACCGAUGCAGGUUCCUCAGCAGCAUCUUUGCAACGACCAGAGUCUCUUCAACGUGCCAGCUCGGCAGGUGCAGCUUUGCAUUCGGAUCGCGCUUCUCUACCAACGCACGUCGAAGACGAGACUGCUGACACCUCCGCCACACCGCCGGCAAAUGCUCCAGUCGGCCGAAGCAGCAUCGUUCGUCCACCCAGUCGAGUGUCACGCACUCCCAGUGACAAGUCACCCAGUAAAAGAAGCGGCGAGCAACAAUCACCCGCUCUGCCACAGUUUGCUCUGUCAUCGUCGGAUGCUUUCGAAACCGAAUCAGGUCAGGUGACGCCACAAAUGCCAAACGUAGAACGGCACACUCUCAUUGACGAUCCUACUCCAGCUACAUCCAACAACGAUACCGAAUCGGGCGACAAAGAGCGUCUGUCCGACCAGCCUGGUCCACUCAACGGCAUGACCCCCAAGCGACUCAGCACCAAAUCAGCACGACAUACUCCCAAGUCUUCCGUCGACACUGCCGACUUUACCGAGCACGAUCCGAGCCUGAGAGCGUUAAAGAACCGUGACGCGCUAGAACGUCGAGCUAGUAAGCGAUUCAGCGCUUACACUUUCAACAAGAUGGGCAUCGGCCAGAGUUAUAGUCAAGGUCUGGGCAUGAAUAUGUAUCCGCCUGGUAGCGGAGGUGCAGGCAGUCCCUUGGCCGAACGCAAGUCGACCGAGCGACGUGGAAGUGGAGCUCGUCGGGUCAUACGUCCACCUCUUCCCGAGGCAAGUCCAGCGCUCGAAGGCGCCAACAGUCCAUCAGCUCUCGCACGAACCACAACAGAUUACUUUGGCUCUUCAGGAAGUAGCAGCAGCAUCAGUUCUAAUGCACGUCCACUGCCUCGUGCUAAAAGCUCUGCCACAGUCGACACUCGCUUCGAGUCAAUUGAAGAAGUCAAAACACCCACAUCGUCCACUUUCAGUCGUGAGGGUCGCUCACCUUCGCCUGAGCCAAGCAGCAUGGCUUCGGAAAAGCUGGCGACUGACAGCACUGCGAUUGCUGCUGCGCACAGAGGGUCGAACGAUCUGCUCUCGCCAACACCGCCUGGACAACGCGUAACAUCACAAGCUGUCAGCUCAACUGACUCGUUGCCCUUUGUUGACGCGCAGGCACCUCCAUCAGAGCUCGGCGAUGCUCCGGAGACUACGAAGAACGCUGCCUCUGCAACCGAGCCUGGCGUCGCGUUGACCCCUCAACCUGCCGCAACGCCGCGUAGUCGCUCCAGCAAGACAGCGACGUCACUCAAUGUCUUCCUUCAGCUUGGUCGUCAAACCAGAAAAGCAGUCAUUGACCUCGAUCCCUCCAAUUCCGUCACACGCGGUAUCAGCGUUGCCAGACUCCGCAUGCUCUUUAUCGACCGCUUUGCUUACUCGCCUGGUAUGGAUGACUUCCCUACCAUCUAUCUUAAGGAUCCUGCAAGCGGCGUCACCUAUGAGCUUGAAGAUCUCGGUGAUGUUCAGGAAGGGAGCUUGCUCACACUCAACAUUGAGCCGCUUGACCAGGUCAAGCAGCACCUGGACCUGUCACUGGGUACCAUCUCGCGUGAGAUCCGGGAAUUGAAGGCUGCGUUGGCUGAGCGCGAUCGAGAUAUGAGGAGGAUGUCGUUUGCCAACAAUGACAACUUGCUGACGGCGCCAGCAGCGCAUGCUACACCGACAAAGAUCAGCGAUUCACAAUUCCAAGCUGCCGGGCAGCGGGUUGCCCAGCUCAAGAGAGCGAAUACUCGAACUGCUGGUGCGCAGAGUGAAGACCCUGCCGCAACGUUGCCUCAAGACGGAAGCUCAAGUGGCGCUCUUGCCCCUACGGGAUCCUCAGCAAUGGCGGGAUCUCGCAUCGCCCACGAGCUCAAGGUCCAAUUUGAUGAGCUGCAGAAUCUCCGACGCGAAUUCGCUGUCACUCGACAGCUGCAGACAGACUUCGAAGGCGAUGUCAAGUCGAUCCUCUCUACUGUUCGUGAGCAGGCAGGCAAAGUCCGUGCUAUUGCAUCCACCAAAGUUGCCGCUGAGCGCAACUUCAUCGUCGCUGGUAAAGCUCGUCUUGACACCCAGUCGCAGGACCUCCUCACGCUCAUCGAAGACCUCCAAGACACGGUGGACGAUCUUCGUGUCGAUGUGAUCCAGCGUGGUGUCAAGCCAAGACCCGUGCUGGUCAAGCAGAUCGUUGAAGAUGUCGAUAGAGCAACCAAUGGUCUUUUGGAGCUCGAAGGAUACGUGCAAACCGUCAAGCCGAGCUGGAAGAAGACCUGGGAGUCAGAGCUGCAGAACAUUGUGGACGAGCAAGAGUUCCUCAACCACGAAGAGGGCUUGUUGUCAGAUCUUCGGGAUGAUCUGGGCGCGUUGAAGGAGGUGUUCAGCAACAUUCAGCAGGUGGUCAAACUGAGAGGAGGUAGUGGGAAAGGCGGGAAGUAUAUUCCGCCGUUGCCAGAAGAGGGACACGGGGGCUUAUCGACAGUGAUGAUGGAAGUCAAAUCUCAGGCGGUAAAUCAUGAGAAACGGCUUCGUGCGUUGCAAGCAGCGGAGAGACAGAGACAGAAGGAUCUACUCGCAUCAAAGACAAAUGACGAGUUCAGCGAAGAGUUGGCUGGAUUCGUGGACAAGAAGGUGCUGAGGAAAACCGGCGGUGUGUUGGAAGCCGAGAGGGUCAGGCGGAGGAGAGAUCAUGCUACGUGGAAGGCGAUGUUCGGUGGCGGCGGACCGGGCGGUAUUCCGAUGGCUCCAUCCGGGACCGGAGGCGUAGAGGCAAAGCCAAAGAAGUUGACCUUGGGCAGCAAAAAGGGCAGAGACGGGAAGAAGCCGGCCGAUGCUGCAGGGGCGAAUGCUUCUGGAGAUGCAGCGGCUGGAGAGAAUGCCAGCACAAAUACAGCUGGCGACGAUACCACCCUGUAG